AAACAACGAAACUUUGGGUCAACAUUAUCUUAUUGAAACAUCAUCUCAAGAUAGCAAAACUUUCUCAAAUCAUCAAGAUAGUAUUCUAACGAAACUUUGGGUCAGCACUAUCCUAUUGAAACAUUAUCUCAAGGCAGUGAAGUUUUCUCAAAUCAUCAAGAUAGUCUUCUAA